AUGGGACAUGAACCAGACCUUGAUAUUCACAUUGGUGGAAAUUCUACCUUCCUCACCAUAAAUGUCACAUUGUCGGAUGACGGGGAGAUGGGUAACGUAUCCCUCGGCGGUCUGCCGUUCAUGUCCGCUCUCCUACCGACAGAAGCGAGCCGACGUUCAACAACUUUUGGGCCCAUGCGCACCUCUCGCCUAACGACAUCAACUUCCUCUGCCAAAUCCAGUCUGUUGAUGGCUUCCACGACUACAAGAAGUGUAGCCACUUCGACCAUUGCUCCCUUGGGUUUCACCACACAGCCAUCUUCUACACCAUCGCUACCGCCAAUCACCAUGACGAACCCGACGAUCGGUGGCAUUGGUGACGCAUUUCCAUUUACCAACACCUCAUCUGCGUCCUCAGCUUCUCUCAUCAUAGUUAUUCUUCGUACGCUUUUCGGUUAA